AUGUCCCGGUUGCGUACCAGUAUCGAACCAGCUCCCUCUACAUGUCUCUGUUGCGUGCCAGUAUCUAACCAGCUCCCUCUACAUGUCCCGGGUGCGUAUCGGUAUCUAACCAGCUCCCUCUAUAUGUCCCGGUUGCGUACCAGUAUCGAACCAGCUCUCUCUACAUGUCCAGGGUGCGUAUUGGUAUCUAACCAGCUCCCUCUACAUGUCCCGGGUGCGUAUCAGUAUCUAACCAGCUCCCUCUACAUGUCCCGGACGCCCCUCUUUUCUCCUUCACUCUCUUUACUUUUUACUCUUUCACGUUCAUCUCUCUCAUUCGUUCGUAUCGAUCGAUUUAUCUAUCUCAGGCGGUUGUCUUUCUCAGUCGCUAACUUUGUGACAUUGUUCAAGUCUAUCAGAUUCUGUUCACUUGUAAGUAACACAAUAUCUAUCUAUCUAUCUAUCUAUCUAUCUAUCUAUCUAAUUCUGUUCAUGUUCAUAUAUCUUUCUAUUUCUGUUCAUGUUCAUCUGUCUAGCUACCUCAGUCUGUUAGCAUUAUGUUCCUUAUCUAUCUCAGUCGAUUCCAUAUCUAUCUAUCUAUCUAUCUAUCUGUUUGGUGGACCCCAUAACACUAUCUAUCUAUCUUAUCUCAAUGUUCCUAUCAAUCUAUCUAUAUUGAUCUGUUUCUAUCUAUUUGUCUGUCUAUCAUUCUCUCACUCUCUAUCUAUCUAUCUAUCUAUCUAUCUAUCUAUCUAUCUCAGUCUUUCCAUUAUCUAUCUAUCUAUCUAUCUAUCUAUCUAUCUAUCUAUCUAUCUCAGUCCUUUUUAUAUCUAUCUAUCUAUCUAUCUAUCUAUCUAUCUAUCUAUCUAUCUAUCUAUCUCAGUCAUUUUCAUAUCUAUCUAUCUAUCUAUCUAUCUAUCUAUCUAUCUAUCUAUCUAUCUAUCUAUCUCAAUGUCAAUAUAG